UACCCUCCUCCCCAAUCCCCAAUCUCUUCAACCAACCUCGUAAGUCGUAACAACGACAGUCUCCGAUCGAACUUUCUGGAGCAUCUCCGAUCAAAUCAAUCUCUCAAACCAGAAGCUACUCGAAAAGAUGGCUCGCUCCUUUUCAAACGCCAAACGUCUCUCAUCCUUCUUCGGUGAUCAGCUUUCCGUCGUUAUCUCCAAGCGAGGACUCGCCGCCGCACCACACGGCGGUGCAACCGCCGGCGCCGCUGCUAUCAUGAACAAAGGAAGCGCAGAAUCGACGAAACCGGCACCUAGGGUUUCAGAAUUUCGAUCGAAUCAGGUUUACUCUUUUCUGAACAAUAUCCACCCGUUCUCAGUAUACGGUAGUGUUUACAAGUCACAGAUCCCGUCGAUGUUAUCAUUUUCCAGUAGAUUAUCUACUGCUGCAACUCCGUCAGUUGCGAGUUCCGUAACUAGUCAUGCUCGGCCGUUAUCGCCUCAUCUUUCGAUUUACAAGCCGCAGUCGAAUUCCAUGUAUUCGAUUUUCAGUAGAAUCGCUGCAUCGAUAAUAUCCGGUGUUGCCUUGCUGUUCUAUUUUCUUUACAUGAAAACAGGAUUGAUUUGCUUCACCUACAACAGUUUCUACCAGCUAUUUUUCGGAGUGUCUGGAUUCACUGAGUUGAUCUGCUAUUCAUCAGUUCCCCUGCUUCUCCUCCAUAUCAUCCAUACAGUGAAGCACUAAGUUUGAUGGAUUUGAUGAUUUAAUAAGGGGAUUGUAGUGCUUGUUUUUGGUUUUGUUGUUGCUUUGCUUUGAAUCAAAGUAAUAAGUAUAUGCAGACUUCUUGUACUUUUUAUCUUCUUUGUUUGCUGAAUAAGUGUAUGCUAUGCUUGUUUGAUGCAAGGGAUGUCUAUAGCAAAGUUAAUUGCUCUUAUGGCACAAGAAUUCUACAAUUUUCUUGAUUUUGUGUGUUAUGAUUGUCUCAAAACAAGGCAUCCUGGAUUUGAUCAAAUGCCAGGUUAGUUU